CAUCCCCACCACUCCACGCACGCACCCGACCUCCCACCUCGCAUGAGCGCGAGCGACGGCCUCCAGCCAGCCGCAAUGGCGGAACCGCCGGCGGCGCCACCGCAGCCCCUGCCGCCGCUCCCCCAACCCCCACCAAUGCCACAGAUUCCCGUCGCCGCUGCGCCUCAAAGCUUCUCGCCCACCUCAUCUUCGGCGUUCUCCAGGAGACGCCUCAUGGCGGAACCGCCGCCGGCGCUUCCCCUGCCCCUGUCGCACGGUCCUGUCUCCGCCGCGCUUCUAGCCCUCUCGUCCACCGCAUCUUCGACGCCCCCCACACAUGGGCUAGCAACGCCAACCACUCGCAGCGCCCAAGUCGCCCAGAACCCUAGGAUUGGGGAUUCCGGCGAGGUGGAGAGCAGGGUUGUGGCGCCGACGGCCGAAGCCCUCCCCAAAAUCAACUCUACUGUGGGCGCACUUGUUGGAGCCCCUCUGCCCCAGAUUUCCAUGGCCUGUGAGGUGCUAUUUGUGCUAGGAUGAUCCAGUCUUGUACUUACACAGUAGAGGUGAAGGUUUGUUGCAGUGGAACCAAAAUCAAUGGGGAUUCUACAUUCAUUUGACAGAUUAUUGAAGGUACCAGGACAAGUAUGAAGGAUUUGCUGGCUUCUAUUGCUGGAACCUUUUCUUUUGCUUUAUGCUCAGAGGAUAAUAUAUUUCUUGAGUAUGUUGACUGCACUAGUGGCAAAAAUAUCUCUGUGUCAAAUGAUGACGAAUGCAUGAAAAUGUUUGAUUGUUUUGAUCAGAAUAGAAGUGGCCAUUUGAUCAUCAAAUAUUCUGAGAGAAGUGAUAAUGUUGAUGUUCCAUGUAGUCCUUCGAACCAAACACCAUCUAUAGCACUACCUAGUCAACCAAAUAAUGUCAUGGAUGAAGCUAGUAUAUGCCUAACAGAUACAUAUCUUGACAAUCCCCAUGAAGAAUAUGAACAUGUUGGUGUAGAUGAGGAGGACCAAUACUCAAUUGGCAGUGUUGGUUCCGAUAGUGAUGAUGAGGUCGGAGAAAAAGAUAUACCAAAUACUGAUUAUGUUGAGGAUAGCAGUGAUGAUGAAGAAUGGGUUGCUGAAGA